AUGUCUGAUACAAAGCCCAACCCCAGGGACUCGAUGAAGUCUACCUGGCGGAGCAAGGACCGCCGGCAAUGGAACCUCGCCCACUGGUUCUACGAAAUCAUCGACGUGCAUCCCACGAAUCUGCACGAGAUUGUCCCCGUCCAUCAAAAGUCCGAAAAGGUCCCUUAUCUGUCAGACUGGCUGAUGCACCGCUGGGUCAUCUCUCACGCGGCCAUUCCCCUCGUCCUUCACCACCUCUACGUCCGACUCACGGGCCUCAACCUGACGGCGCUCCAAGCAUUCUUCUUCUACAGCGCCGCCUUCAAGCUCAUUGCCAUCCGCGAGAUCCACAUGCUCCGCUACAUGGGCCACCGGUACGGCUUCCUGGACGGCGACGCCCACGAGCGAGACGGCGUCCCCGACGUCGGCGUGUGGAAGGUGAUGAAGUCGCUCAUCUCCACGUCCACGUUCCGCCCCAUCUUCACCGUCUUCCUCGCCUACCGCGCCGCCGAGGCGCCGGCCGACAUGAACUGGCGGUGGGUGCCGCUCGAGGCCGGCCUGUACGGCAUCAUCCUCGACUUCUGGUUCUACUGGUACCACCGCCUGAUGCACGAGAUGGGCAGCCUCUGGCAGUUUCACCGCACUCACCACCUCACCAAGCACCCCAACCCGCUGCUGGCGCUCUACGCCGACACGGAGCAGGAGAUCUUUGACAUUGCCGGCAUCCCGCUCCUGACCUACUUCACCAUGAAGCUGAUGGGCAUGCCCAUGGGCUUCUACGAGUGGUGGAUCUGCCACCAGUACGUCGUCUUUGCCGAACUGGCUGGCCACAGCGGCCUGCGCAUUCACGCCACGCCCCCCAACGUGCUCAGCUUUCUCCUUCGCAUGUUCAACGCCGAGCUCAUCAUCGAGGACCACGACUUGCACCACCGCAAGGGCUGGAAGUCGAGCGGUAACUACGGCAAGCAGACUCGUCUGUGGGACCGUAUCUUUGGCACCUGCAAGGACCGCAUUGAGUGUAACUCGUCCAAUGUCGAUUAUGAGAACCAGGCUAGUAUGCCUAUUUUCUUCUGA